AUGACUUCCAAAAUCCCCUAUCUGACCGACGGCCAAGUGACAUUUCUUUUCCCUUUGCAACAGGUCAAGGACUUUGUGGUUUUCAUUGAUGUGAUUCUUCCAUAUCUUUGGCUCGCUGCAUAUAUAUUUUCCGCGGUGGACUAUAACCAAAACAACUGCAAUGCCAAUGCACCCCCUGGGGUCACAUGUUCCAACAAAUGGGCAAAUGAAGCCUUUAUCUUUCUG